AUGAAAAUGAAUCGAAAAAAAAAAUCUCAAACAAUAACUGAACGUGAAGAUGAAAUUGAACAAGAUGAACGAUAUUUUGUUAAAAUUCAUGCACCAUUUGAAGCACUUCUUGUUUUAGCGGAAAAAUUAAAAGUUAAAUUACCAUUUAGUGAAAAUAAAUCACCAUUAAAACCUAGUUUAUUUGAUCAAGGUUUACCAUGUCAAUCAACUCGUCUUAAUCCAUGUGAAUUUCCUACACCACAUAAAGGAAAAUCUUUUUUUACGGCUUGUUAUCAAAAAAGUCUUCAUUAUAGAUUUUCGAAAUAUUUUGAUGAUGUUGAUAAAGUCUUUCGUCCAUCUGAACGAAGUCGACUUGUUUAUGAAACUCUUCUUCGUUGUCCAUAUCGAUCAUCAGAACCAAUGCUUUCAGAUAAGUUUAAUCAUUCUAUGAAUGGAACAAAAGAUGAAUUAUCAGAAAUAGAUUCAAGAUUAACAAAUCAUAAUUUGAAUAGAAAAAUGCUACAAGCAACUGCAAGUGAAGAUCAAACAUUAAAAAUUGAAGAAGUUUUUACAUCAAGUACAAGACAAUCAGGUAUUGAAGUAUUACUCAAAGAAGGUGUAUAUGAAGCAGCAUAUCCAUUACAUGAUCAACUUAGUCGUGAACAAGAUGCUGGUGAACCGGAAACAUGGAAUGAUCGAAUGAAAUUAUAUCAUCGUUGGGCGAAAUUAAAAAAUAUAUUUCGUAUUCAACCAAUUCAUGCUAUAAGAGAUUAUUAUGGUGAACGUUUGGCAUUUUAUUUUGCUUGGCUUGGAUGGUAUAAUUCAUUAUUAAUAAUCCCAUCAAUUCUUGGAAUAUUUGUUCUUUUAUGGGGUCUUCUUUCGGUUAAAUAUGAUAGACCAACACUUGAUAUAUGUAAUUCAACUUCUAGUUAUUUAAUGUGUCCAAAACUUGAUCGACAAUCAUAUUGGUUUUUAAAUGAAACUUGUUUCAACGCAAAAAUGUCUUAUAUUUUUGACAAUUCAGCUUCUGUAGCUUUUGCUAUAAUGAUAAGUAUAUUUGCUGUAAGUAUUAAUUUCCUUUGGCAACGACAUGAAUUUCGACUUCAAUAUGAAUGGGAUAUGACGGAUAUUGCUGAAGAAACUGAAACAUUACGACCAGAUUUUGAACGACGUGUUGAAAAAACAAUUAUAAAUAAAGUAACUGACAAACUUGAACCAUAUGUACCAGCUUAUAAAAGAUUUCUUUAUUAUACAUCAUCAUUUUCGAUUGUAGUAUUAAUGGUAUUACUCGUUUUAGCUGUUGUUACUGGUAUUGUUAUUUAUCGAUUAAGUGUCUCAGCAGCAUUUAAUACAAUCGAUAGAGAAAUGUCGAUUUAUCGAUGGAAACCAAUUAUUGUUCCAAUAACUGGAGCACUAAUCAAUUUAAUUAUAAUUCUAAUUUUACAAUAUUUCUAUGAAAUUCUUGCUAUAUGGUUAACAAAUGUUGAAUUACAUCGAACUGAUAAAACUUAUGAAGCAAGUUUAACAAUAAAAAUGUUUUUAUUUCAAUUUGUUAAUUAUUAUGCAAGUAUAUUUUAUAUAGCAUUAAUAAAACCAUUAAUUAUAUAUAAACCAACAUAUCUUGAUCGACAUUCAAUAGCAUUUCGUUUUGAAGAAUGUGAUGUAAGUGGUUGUGUAUGGGAAUUAUCAAUACAACUAAUAACUAUAAUGAUUGGUAAACAAUUAAUAUCAAAUAUAUGGGAAUUUUAUUUUUCAAAAUUAUGGAAUAUGUGUCGUAAACGUAUUACAUUUCGUCAUACAGUACGACAAAUAAAUAAACGUAAUGCUAAAAUGAAAAAAUUAGAUGAACCAAUUUUACCAAUUAAUUUAAAACGUUCAUAUGAAGAAGAUUUCUUAUUACAACCAUUUGAAUUAACAACAUUAUUUUAUGAAUAUUUAGAAAUUAUUUUACAAUUUGGUUUUAUAACAUUUUUUUGUUUAUCAUUUCCAUUAGCACCAUUAUUUGCAUGCAUAAAUAAUAUAUUUGAAAUACGUAUUGAUGCACUUAAAGUAGUUAAAGAAUUUCGUCGACCUGUUGCACGUCGUGCAAUGGGUAUUGGAACAUGGAAUUCAAUAUUAAAAAUAAUGGCUAAAAUAACUGUUUUAUCAAAUGCAUUUUUAAUUGCAAUUACAUCAGAAUAUAUACCAAGACAAGUUUAUUAUUGGACUAUUGGAAAUUAUUCAUUAAAUGGUUUUCUUAAUCAUACAUUGGCACCAUUUCAUUCAAAUGAUUUUCCAUUAAUUAUUAAUCGUACAUUACUUGAAUGUCAAUUUAUUGAAUCACGUUUAAUUGAUUUAUCUAAACAAUCAACAUUUUUUAUACCAUUUGGUCAAUCAUAUCAUUUAUCAUAUUUUGAUUGUAAUUCAACAUUAGCUAAUGAAAUACGUUCACAAAUUGAUUUUUCGACUUGUUAUUAUAAAGAUUAUCGACUUGAUCAUACACGAAAUUGUGAACGUUCAUAUAUGUUUUAUUAUGUAAUGGUUGCACGAUUAGCAUUUGUUAUUAUUUUCGAACAUUUUGUAUAUAGUAUUAUUUUUCUUGUUCGAAGUCUUAUUUCACGUGUACCACGUAAUGUUCGAGCUCAACUUAAUCGAUGUCGAUAUUUAGUACAACAAAUGUAUUGGGGUGCUGAAUUGUAUGCUCAAAAUCCAAAUCUUAUUAAAAAAGAUGAAAAUCGUGUUCGAAUUGAUGAACAAGAUCACGAAUAUAAUCGACAAAGUACUCUUCCAUCGCUUACGACUAUUCCAAAUGAAUUAAAUUUCGAUGCAUGUGUUACUCCAGAAUUGUGA